AUGGCUGUAUUAAACGAAGAAAGAUUUUUAGCAAGGAUUGGAAUGGGUGGUCAACCUGAACCUGGUUUUGGUGGGGAAGGUCCAUCACUUAAAACAAAUUUAAUCAAUCUUAUAUCGGCUGUAAGGACUUUGAUGAGAAUCCCUUUAAUUGCUGUGAAUAUUUUUGUUAUAGCAUAUGAACUUUUAUUGGGAUGA